ACUUUCCCAUUCAACUCAAUCGGAAUUCAAUUCGAAUCGUUUACGAAUUCCGUUUCAGAAUUCCGAUAGAGUCGACUGGGGUUUGUUUUGGAUACGAUAGUGUUAUCGCAGCUGAACAUCAAUUAAAUUCACCACUAAAUGUUUCAUGUCAAACUGACGUUUAACCGAAGAAAAAAAAAUAAGCUCAACAUAAACAAAUCAGUUCAAAAAUGUGAAAAAUUUCGCCUUUUGAUGAAGAAAAGUGAAUAAUUGUAUGUACAAAACAGAACGAAACUCAAUCAAGCGCUUUGCAAUUUUAAAGAUUCUCAAUCAAACCAAAAAUAGCAAUCUACUGGAAUGGUCAACAAUCGUCGCCGAGGCUGUGAAUGGGGUAUGGUGUGACCUUAUAAGACCAAUGAUAGGAAUUAAUUCAACUAAAGCAACACGGGCCAACAUUCCAGCCAAAGAUGCCCUCCAAAUCCCAAUGUCGGUUUUCACCACGCCCGGUGAGGUGGACCAGGAAGAAACCCCAACGCAGUCGAAAGUCUGUGACAUCACGUCUGCUGAUGACAGCAUUAAAUGAAUUUAUAAUCAAGUAAGUUAAGCUUCUCCUCAUAAAGAUAUUUAUAUAAAACUAUCUGUAAAGCCAGGAAAAUAUUUUUGUUAACUUGUUUACAG